AGCUGUCAGGCAUCAGGGGCCGCGGGGCCAGCAGCCCUCCAAGGACUGCGGGGCCAGCGCGGCGCUGGGCUUCUCUGCCGCCGCAUCUGAGCUGUCCCGCGGGCUGGGCAUGGGCGCAGGCGCCGGUGCGGCACGAUGAGCACCGGGGGCAGCCCGGUCCGCGCCUAUGAUUUCCUGCUCAAGUUCCUGCUGGUGGGCGACAGCGACGUGGGCAAGGGCGAGAUCCUGGCGAGCCUGCAGGACGGUGCGGCCGAGUCCCCGUACGGCCACCCCGCGGGCAUCGACUACAAGACCACCACCAUCCUGCUGGACGGCCGGCGGGUGAAGCUGCAGCUCUGGGAUACGUCGGGUCAGGGAAGAUUUUGUACCAUAUUCCGCUCCUACUCUCGGGGCGCACAGGGGGUGAUCCUGGUCUACGACAUCGCAAACCGCUGGUCCUUUGAUGGCAUCGACCGGUGGAUUAAGGAGAUCAAUGAGCACGCCCCGGGGGUCCCUAAAAUCCUGGUGGGGAACCGCCUGCACCUGGCCUUCAAGCGGCAGGUCCCCACGGAACAGGCCCAGGCCUAUGCGGAGCGCCUGGGUGUGACAUUCUUCGAGGUCAGCCCGCUGUGCAAUUUCAACAUCACUGAGUCCUUUAUGGAGCUGGCCAGGAUCGUGCUGCUGCGGCAUGGGAUGGACCGGCUCUGGAGGCCAAGCAAGGUACUGAGCUUGCAGGAGCUGUGCUGCCGGGCAGUGGUGUCCUGCACGCCCGUGCACCUGGUGGACAGGCUGCCGCUGCCCACGGCCCUCAGGAGCCACCUCAAGUCCUUCUCGAUGGCCAGCGGCCUGAAUGCCAGGGUGAUGCACGGCCGCCCCUGUUCCCUCACCACCAGCUCCGGCCACAAGAGGACCAGCCUCCGAAAAGCGAAGGCCGCCCACCUUCCCCAGAGCCCCCCAAGACACUGCACCAGAAACAGCUGCAAAGUCUCCUGAGGAGGGCGCGAGGCAGAGGAGUGGCACGGGUGGGAGGCAGGAGGCCGCUCUGGAUGCAGACACCCGCCAAUGUCACGGUGACCACGCGGCCCUGAGCA